CUGGUGCUGUGCUCGGUGAGGGGAACAGCGAUCCUGCCCAGCUCCUGCUUGCUCUGGGCAAAGCCGCUCAUUUUCAGUUCUCUGGUUGGGGGCUUCUCGGUUCAAAGGAGUUCCAGGGCGACGCCAUCGAAUGAAAAUUCCACAAGAGGCUGAUUACAAGAUGAAUGCGGCGGACACAGAAGGCACAGACUAUGAAAAUCAAGAGGAGCUGGAGGAGAAGACGCGGCUAAUAAACCAGGUUCUGGAGCUGCAGCACACACUCGAAGAUCUGUCAGCCAGAGUGGAUGCUGUGAAAGAGGAGAACCUGAAGCUCAAAUCAGAGAAUCAAGUACUUGGUCAAUACAUUGAAAACCUCAUGUCAGCCUCCAGCGUCUUUCAAACCACAGACUCGAAGAACAAGAGAAAACCAACCAAAAGCUCCAAGAAGACAGACAAAUAAUAAUAACAAUAAUAAUGGUAAAGGGUACUGAGAGUCAAGACUGUCCAGUAUUAGGAUUGUAACCCUGUUAGAACCCGUAGUUUAUUGUCUCAAGUCAACUUGCAAAUCUUUUUUGUAUUUAGUCUAUUUAAUUAUGGAAUAAUAAACCCUAAU